AUGCGCGUUGCCGGUGGCAGCGCGGCGGGCGGGAGCUGCCCUCAGCCGCUGCCUGCGAGACGUGGGCUCCCUUCCCGCCUCUCUCCCUCGCCCAAAGGUGCUCUCCGGGCGACGGUGAGGGAAGAAGGAGAAAGAAAGGCCCGCUCCGCUCUGUCGCUCGCCAAGCGGGAGGACAAGCCAAGCCUUCGCCGCCACUUGCUUCUCCGUGGGCCCGGGCGGCGUGAGGCAGCCCCCGCCGCCCCGCUCGCCUCAUGGGCUCUCGGCCGCUCCCCUCACAGGCUGAAGUUCUCGGCCUCUGGUGUCGAAACGCUGCUUCUGUGCGGCACGGCUCGGUUUGCUCCUGCAAUGGCAGGGCCCGUAGACGAAGCAUGUGUCUGCCUCUCUCUCUUGCAGAGCUACCUCACCCACGUCCAGUGCCGUGCAAAAUGGCAGCAGCCACCAGCUUUAAAAACACCCGAGCCGGCAGGGGCACACGGUCCUCCAGCUGUAAGACAGGAAAAUGGUAGCCAGAGAGAGGAAUCAGAAAUAAACCUCUUGUGUUGCAAUACAUGCAAAAGGCCAUAUGAACAGUCUACAAGUGAAGAACAUAUUGUAAAGCGUGUAAAACAUGAUGAAGUAUACUCAGUGCCAACAGUCAGUGAAGAUAAAUUUUCAUAUAUGGGUGACUUUGCAGUCGUUUAUACAGAUGGUUGUUGCUCAGGUAAUGGACGUAAUAGGGCACGUGCUGGAAUAGGUGUCUACUGGGGACCAGGCCACCCUUUAAACACCAGUGAAAGACUUCCUGGACGGCAGACUAAUCAAAGAGCAGAAAUACAUGCAGCCUGCAAAGCAAUAGAGCAAGCAAAGAGUCAAAACAUCAAGAAACUAAUUAUCUACACUGAUAGCAAGUUCACUAUUAAUGGUAUUACCAGCUGGGUUGACAACUGGAAAACAAAUGGCUGGAGAACAAGUUCAGGAGGAAGUGUAAUAAAUAAAGAAGAUUUUGAAAGACUUGAUAAUCUAUCAAAAGGCAUAGAGAUUCAGUGGAUGCAUAUUCCUGGUCAUGCUGGCUUCCAAGGAAAUGAAGAAGCUGAUAGACUAGCAAGAGAAGGAGCUAGUAAACCGAAGUCCUGACGUACUGGGACUAGAGACUGUUGCAGUGGGAGGAAAAGGACCAACACCACAGUGACAACUUGAACUGCUGUAGUUGUUUCGGAGUUGAACUUUGAACUGUACUUCCUUCUGGCCUGAAGUGUUAAACAUAUACCAACUUCUGGGGAGAAAAAACCCACGUUUUCUUCUAUAGUGUUUGUUUCACAAUCGAGUCAAUAUUUAGUUGAUGAUACAGAGUGUUUGGUUUUUCUCCAUCUUACUGAAGGGCCGUGGUCAGUGUUUUUAGCUGUCUUGUAGACUUCUGAAUUCACUGUAAAGACAGACUUCUGAAGAAGUAAUAAUAAAUCUUUAUCCUAAGUG